AACUCCCUCUUUCCGAUUCAGUUUUUAUCCGUUAAGAAUCGACGUACCUCGCCCCCAAGAAUGCGCCUCUUCUCUCCAGCUCCAACCUCCGCAGCAGCUUCUUCUCAUCGCUCCAGCCUCGCUCUCUACUCCCCUUCGCCUCCCGCCAACCGCUCGAGCUUCUUCUUCAGGCCUCCUUCCACCCGGCCAUGCUCUUCGAAGAAGCCGCCGCCGCCGCCGCCCGCGGCCCUCGAGAUCGCCGGCGCCGGCGCCGCUCCGCUGGACGAGCCCCCGGCGUUGGCGGCGGCGGCGGCGGCUCCGGAGAAGACGAUCGCGAUCCGCCGGCCCGUGAUGGAUUCUCCUGGCGAGGAGGACUCCGUCGGCGGUGAGGCGGAUGGUGACGGCGUCGUCGUCGAGAGCGAUCCGAAGUCGUCGGCGCUCGACGCUGGCCUGAGCAAGUUCGCGGAGAAGAUGCCGAUAUUCGAGCCGGAGAGGGUGGAGUCCGGCUCGCAGGAGAAGCGGCUCCCGGUGAACCUGGACCUGGCCUUGUACAGGGCGAAGGUGCUGGCGAGGAGUUACAAGUACGUCCAAGCGCAGGAGAUACUCGAGAGGUGCAUAUCCUACUGGCCCGAAGACGGUCGAUCUUAUGUGACAUUGGGGAAGAUAUUGUGCAAGCAAUCGAGAACGACCGAGGCAAGAGCAGUGUAUGAGAAAGGUUGCCAAGCUACCCAAGGCGAAAAUCCUUAUAUAUGGCAGUGCUGGGCUGUAUUGGAGAACAGGUUAGGCAAUGUGAGGAGAGCGAGAGAAUUGUUUGAUGCGGCUACAGUUGCUGACAAGAGACAUGUUGCUGCUUGGCAUGGAUGGGCAGUGUUGGAGCUUAAACAGGGAAAUGUUAAGAAGGCAAGGCAUCUGCUUGCUAAAGGUCUUAAAUACUGUGGUGGCAACGAGUACAUAUACCAAACCCUUGCACGGUUGGAAGUGAGAUCUAGCCGGUAUGAACAAUCUCGAUAUUUGUUCAGGCAGGCAACUAAAUGUAAUCCUAAAAGCUGUGCCAGUUGGCUUGCUUGGGCACAGAUGGAGAUGCAACUUGAAAACAACCUAGCUGCUAGAUUAUUAUUUGAGAGAGCCGUCCAGGCAAGCCCUAAGAACAGGUUUGCGUGGCAUGUUUGGGGACUUUUUGAAGCAAACAUGGGGAACAUUGAGAAGGCAAGGAAACUUCUGAAAAUUGGUCAUACGCUUAAUCCAAGGGAUCCUGUUCUCCUGCAAUCACUUGCUUUAUUGGAGUAUAAGCACUCAACUGCAAAUCUUGCUCGGGUGUUGUUCAGGAGAGCAUCUGAAUUGGAUCCAAAGCAUCAAGCAGUUUGGAUUGCUUGGGGGUGGAUGGAGUGGAAAGAAGGAAAUAUCUCCACUGCAAGGAAACUAUACCAGAGAGCAUUGUCAAUUAAUUCAACAACAGAAAGUGCUGCUCGAUGUCUCCAGGCUUGGGGAGUUUUGGAGCAGAGGAUUGGUAACCUAUCAGCAGCUAGGAGAUUAUUUAGAUCCUCCCUAAACAUAAACUCCCAGAGUUACAUCACGUGGAUGACAUGGGCAUCUCUGGAAGAGGAGCAAGGAAAUUCUGUUCGUUCUGAGGAGAUUCGUAACUUGUACUUCCAGCAGCGAACUGAAUUGGUCGACGAUGCUUCUUGGGUCACGGGAUUUAUGGAUAUCAUUGACCCUGCACUUGACAGCAUCAAGAGAUUGUUAAAUUUGGACCAAAACUCAUUCAAGGCAAUAGAUCCCUCGAAAAAUUUAUCGGGGCUUAAUGAAACUAGUCCUGAUGAGCAGUCAUCUGGCUCUUCUGAUAGUCUUGAUGGUAAGGAGAUGGCAAGCAGGAGUGGGUUUGAUUUGGAUGCUUUUGUGAAGGAGAAGCUGUCGUUGGAACCCGCUGAGUUGGACAUUCAGAUGACAUCAUCUAAAAGUUCUCGACAAGAGGUAAACAGAUCUCCAAGAAGAGUAUGGAGAUCUAAAGGAAAAGCAGCAAAAGCGAUGCCCCAAUUGAUAACAUAAAGGAAAACUAGAAGAACACAUAGAUUGGACUUCAUUUGGAACCAUCAGUGCUUUAUGAAGGAAAUCUCCACAUCCAGACAACUUUCUUGAAGGCCUACCUAAAAGCGAUUCUCCAUGAUCAGAAUGUAAAUUGAAAGCUCAUGUAAGAUGAAGCAAACCUGUAACAUCUGUAUAUUUCCAGUCGACCUGGAGCAUCUUUAGAUCCAAGCCUUUUGACUUGAAAGGAAGCUGGCAUUGCCGAAUCGAAGUUGUCUCCAUCUUCUCAUCCCUUCUCCUCUCUACUAGCCACUGUGAGUUCAUGAUUUUGUAUCAAAAGUUGUGUAUAACACGUUGAAACAGUACAGAUGGAAUUUUAUGGAUCUUAAUCUUCUCAACAGACUAUCACCGAGAUUUUAUUUUCUUCUGCACGAUAUCACUGCUCUCUUAGCGUAUGAACUUUGCCCUUCGGCUGGUACAUGACAUCUCUAAAGUUCUGGCA